ACCACAGAGUAGAUGGCGAGGAGGCUCUGCUUCCUGUCACUCCAGGACUGCAGGAGGAGAUGAUGAGGAUCGACAACGUCCUGCCUGUUUUCAGGGUCUCCCCCUGUGAGCCUCCUGGUCCUGGCUUAUCAACAAGCAGCACGCCCCAGAACCACACUGCACUGAUCCCCAAAACAUGCAGGAGGACAGGUGGGCUUGGUGUCAGAGCUAGGCAGGGUUUCAGUCUGAUUGAUGUGACCAAUAUUACCCAUGCAGCCUAUCGGAAGUUCUCUAAAGAGCUCCCGCGCCCGCAAGAUGAGGUCCACGAUAACAGUGGACUACAAAGAGCUGUCGCUGCACGCGAAACUGAGGCGUGGAGACAAGUUCACAGACACCAAGUUCCUCCGCUCUCCCAUCUUCAAACAGAAACCCAGGAAGUCCAUGAAGACCCAGCCGUCGUUGCUGGAGAAAUACAAUGAGUCUGUUGUGGGAUGUCGCUAACAUGUGCUUUGUGUCCACACAUUGAACACACGUUUUACCCAUUCAAAUCUGUUUGAGAGUUAGUUUGGCACCUGUGUUUGUGGUAAAUUAUUUUAAUCGUUUUUUUGUCCAAUUAAAUAAUGUAAGGCAGCUUUAAUUGUGGUUCAUUUCUUAGUUCAUUCUUUGUUCUUAUCAGUAGGCUGAAUUUAGCCAAAUCAUCAGGGGCAUUGGAGAUGUUCAAGUAUAUCUCCCCAAAAUCUAUAUUCUCUCCAUCUCCCCGUUUCGUGAUGCCUGUAUUGAUUGUUAGCCACCUGUAGAGGGCGAUGUUAGAACAGCAUUCUGCCGGACGACAUGUUCCUCAUGUACUGUAUGGUUGUGUUCAGUCAGUUCACUGUUGUUCAUAUAUGUUUAGCUUGCCUUUUCUAGAACUUUGAAUAUUCAUUUGCCACAUGCCG